CGUUAAACUUUUACUUAGUUAAUUAGGAAUUCCUAGUUCCAGCAGUGCGCCGAUUUGAUUUGUUUCUCGGAGGAAUAAUAAUAAUGUUGAAUUACAUAGAAUUAUUAUUUGUCAUAAGGUAAUCCAAAGUUAAUAAAAUAAUCUUGUUGAGGUCAACAUAAUCAAUAUACGAUGGAGCAACGUUGUUCCUAUGGUAACGUCUUUUCACAGCAUCCUUGAAAAUAUUUUGCUCUCGCGUAAACCCUGGCACUGGAAUUUCGGGUGAAAAGUGGUGAUAAGUUUUCUUAUUUACUCAAAAAUGCGAAUCCAAAGUCGGACGUUAUGUACGAGCUGUAAGUCGUAAAUGUAUAAAAGAUGAAACAUUCAUUAGUGCUGUUGCUGCUGUACGUGGCUUGCGAUGGCAAAACUCAUCCUAAAAAGAAUCCAGAUAUAUUUAACAUUGGAGGUGUCCUAAGCAAUAACCAAAGUGUUUUCCAUUUUCAUAGAAGUAUUCAGAAUAUCAAUUUCGAUACACAAUUUGUGCCAUGGCACAAUACCUAUUACGCUUAUUCUAUUCUCAUGGAUCCGAAUCCAAUCAGAACUGCUCUUAGUGUUUGUAAUCAUUUAGUUUCUAAAAGAGUUUACGCUGUCGUUGUUUCUCAUCCGGUCAUUGGUGAUUUGUCUCCGGCAGCUGUAUCCUAUACUAGUGGAUUUUACCAUAUUCCUGUCAUAGGCAUCUCGUCCAGGGAUUCUGCGUUUUCUGAUAAAAAUAUUCAUGUUUCGUUUUUGCGAACGGUCCCACCGUAUUCUCAUCAGGCUGAUGUUUGGGUCGAAUUAUUGAAACAGUUUAAUUAUAGAAAAGUCAUCUUCAUACAUAGCUCGGAUACCGAUGGUCGAGCUCUAGUUGGACGAUUCCAAACAACUUCUCAGAACCAGCAAGACGAUGUUGAAAUAAAAAUACAAGUGGAAACAGUGAUUGAAUUCGAGCCAGGAUUGGAAACCUUCAACGACCAUUUGAGCGGCAUGAAAAGCGCCCAAGCCAGAGUUUACAUCAUGUAUGCCGGAAAAAGUGACGCUGAGGUGAUAUUUCGAGAUGCAAAAGUACUUCAUAUGACGGGCGAAGGAUACGUGUGGAUUGUGACUGAACAAGCUCUGGACGCCAUUAAUGUUCCAGAAGGCACAAUUGGACUGAGACUGGUUAACUCGACCAAUGAAUUAGCUCAUAUUCGAGAUAGCAUAUAUAUUUUAGCUAAAGCUUUGAAAGAAAUGAACAAAACUGAGGAAAUCACAGAAGCUCCAAAAGACUGCAAUGAUCCAGGAUACAUUUGGGAAAGUGGAAAAGUACUGUUCGAGUACAUAAGGAAACAAAUUCUGGUGAACGGUGCUACAGGUAAAGUGGCCUUUGACGAUAAUGGUGAUCGAAUUUACGCAGAGUACGAUAUUAUCAAUGUCCACGAGGUGAAUCAUAAAUAUCCUGUUGGGCAGUAUUAUUUCAAUCCGGAACAAAAUAAAAUGAAACUCAGACUAGACGAAUCAAACAUCAUGUGGCCGGGUCGUAAACGAGAUAAACCCGUAGGAGAAAGGAUACCAACCCAUCUGCACGUUUUGACCAUCGAAGAAAAACCAUUCGUCUAUGUCAGACCUAUUAAGAAAUCGGAAGGUGAAACGUGUAAAAAUGGCGAAAUAUACUGUCCACUUUUAAACACAACGUCUCGAAAUCAAACGGAGUUCUGUUGUAAAGGAUAUUGCAUGGAUUUGCUCAAGGAACUUGCUCAAAAGAUAAACGUUACCUAUGAUUUGGCCUUAUCACCCGAUGGACAAUUUGGCAGCUAUAUUACCAGGAAUAAUAGUCUUAAUGGAAAAAGAGAAUGGACUGGACUGAUCGGAGAACUGGUGAAUGAAAGAGCAGACAUGAUAGCAGCACCUUUGACCAUAAAUCCUGAAAGAGCCGAGUUCAUUGAAUUCAGUAAACCGUACAAAUAUCAAGGGAUAACAAUUUUAGAGAAAAAGCCAUCAAGAUCGUCAACUUUGGUAUCGUUUUUGCAACCAUUCAGCAAUACAUUAUGGAUCCUUGUGAUGGUAUCGGUGCACGUGGUGGCUCUCGUAUUAUAUUUAUUAGACAGAUUUUCACCUUUUGGUCGAUACAAGUUGUCCAACACCGAAGGGACCGAAGAAGAUGCUUUGAAUCUUUCCAGUGCCAUCUGGUUUGCUUGGGGUGUUCUUCUCAACAGUGGAAUUGGAGAAGGUACUCCUCGAAGCUUCUCAGCUCGUGUGCUCGGUAUGGUUUGGGCCGGAUUCGCGAUGAUCAUUGUAGCCUCGUAUACUGCCAAUUUGGCCGCUUUCCUCGUGCUCGAGAGACCAAAAACUAAAUUAACCGGUAUCAACGAUGCCAGAUUACGUAAUACGAUGGAAAACCUGACCUGCGCAACGGUCAAAGGCUCAGCUGUCGAUAUGUACUUCCGUAGACAAGUAGAACUAUCAAAUAUGUACCGUACAAUGGAAGCCAAUAACUACGAUACUGCCGAAGAUGCAAUCCGAGAUGUCAAAGAAGGAAAAUUAAUGGCCUUCAUUUGGGAUAGCAGUAGAUUAGACUUUGAAGCUGCUCAAGACUGCGAACUAGUCACAGCCGGUGAACUAUUUGGCCGUUCUGGCUACGGAAUCGGUUUGCAAAAAGGAUCACCUUGGGCGGAUGCAGUCACCUUAGCAAUAUUAGACUUCCACGAGAGUGGAUUUAUGGAGAAAAUAGAUAAUAAAUGGAUACUACAAGGAAAUCUGCAGAAUUGCGAGUUCUACGAAAAAACACCCAAUACGUUAGGUUUAAAGAAUAUGGCUGGCGUGUUUAUUUUAGUAGCUGCUGGUAUCGUUGGCGGUAUAGGAUUAAUAAUUAUCGAAAUGGUGUAUAAAAAACAUCAAAUAAGAAAACAAAAGAAAUUAGAAUUAGCUCGACAUGCGGUUGAUAAAUGGCGAGGAGCAAUUCAGAAAAGAAAAGCCCUAAGAUCAACAAUGUAUGCUCAAAGACGUUUCAAAACAAACGGAGUCAACGAAUCCGGCGUACCUUUAAGUUUAUCAGUAGAAGCGUUACCUCAGCUAUAUUAACGAUAUAGUUUUUAUACCUAUUAUUUUUCACAACAAAGCUGUAAAUAAAUUCCUAAAAAAAAAAAAUUAAUUUAAUCAUGUUCCACUAAAUCGCGCAACCCAGUUGCUCAUCGAAAGUACCUGCUUUGAAUUUUAUACUGUUAAAUUCAAAGUUUAAAUUUAUCUUGUUGUUUUUUUUUUAGAAUUAAAAAGAAAAAAUCGAAGCUUUUCGAUUUAAUACCUAUGUAUAAUCGAAUUGAUGUUAAACUUGUUUUUAAAAAGGGUGAUUUUAGUUAUACCUAUUACGAUUGUUUAUGAUGGUCAGUGAUUGAUUGUUGUACCUAUUUUUUGGUAAAUAAUAAAUUAAGCUUUCGGAUUAAGUUUCCUAUAGCGUUAAAUUUAAUAAUUAGUAAAUGUUUUAAAGAAACGCACCAAGCUAAAGCAUUGUUUUGUAGAUGACAUUUUUAAUUUUUAUAUUAUUUUAUUACUGUAUCAGUAUAUUUUAGCGCGUAUAAUUAUUCGCAUUAAUGUUUUUUGUGUUCCUAUGUACGUUUAUAUAUCGUUACCGUUAUGAUAGUUUACUAUUUUUAUCGAAUGACGGAUGAGAUGAAAAUUCUUCCUGUUUCUUUUUUAUGUUGUGCGUCCGCAAUGUGUUAAUUAUGAUUAAACGUGUUUCAUCGGUGUGUUAUUUUAAA